CUGGGGCUCUGUCGGUAAGAUGGCGGCCGUGAGUCUGAGGCUUGGAGACCUGGUGUGAUAAAAAGAAGCGCGUGCUCCAGGCUGUGACAACUGCAGCUUCUCAUCCGAAAAGUUGACAGUGCUGUGAAGUUUUCUAAUUUAUAUAGCAAAGGGGAAGCUGGGCCGGUAUCCUCCGUGGCCAGGAAAGAUUGUUAAUCCACCUAAAGAUCUGAAGAAACCUCGUGGGAAAAAGUGCUUCUUUGUGAAGUUUUUUGGAACAGAAGAUCAUGCUUGGAUCAAAGUGGAGCAGCUAAAGCCUUAUCACGCUCACAAAGAGGAAAUGAUCAAGAUUAACAAGGGUAAGCGCUUCCAGCAAGCUGUGGAUGCUGUAGAAGAGUUUCUUAGAAAAACCAAAGGCAAGGACCAGGCCUCUUCCCAUAACUCCAAUGAAGAGAAGAAUCGGCGUAAUUCCAGUGAAGAGAGAGGCAAGCAAUCUGGUGAAGAGAAACGCAAAGCCAGUUUGUCUGAAGGGAAGUUGAAGAAGGGCACAGGGGAAGGAAAAAAGAGGGUCUCUUCUGUAUCGUCAGAGAGAGGAUCAAAAUCACCUUUGAAAAGAGCCCAGGAUCAGAGCCCCCGAAAGCGGGGGCGUCCACCCAAGGAUGAGAAGGACCUCACAAUUCCAGAGUCCAGUACAGUGAAGAGAGUGAUGACUGGAACAGUGGCUGGAUUUAAAUGGCCGCCAAGCGUCAGUGAGCCUGUGAAGGACAGUGAUCCACACUUCCAUCACUUCCUACUGAGCCAGACAGAGAAGCCAGCUGUCUGCUAUCAAGCUAUCACAAAGAAGCUAAAGGUUUGUGAAGAGGAAACAGGAUCCACCUCCAUCCAGGCAGCAGACAGCACAGCAGUAAAUGGCAGUAUCACUCCUACAGACAAAAAGAUAGGAUUUCUGGGACUUGGCCUGAUGGGAAGUGGCAUUGUCUCCAACUUACUGAAGAUGGGUCACACUGUCACUGUCUGGAACCGGACUGCUGAGAAGUGUGAUUUGUUCAUCCAGGAGGGGGCACGGCUGGGAAGAACCCCUGCUGAAGUUGUCUCCACCUGUGACAUCACCUUUGCCUGUGUAUCAGACCCAAAAGCAGCAAAGGAUCUGGUGCUUGGGCCGAGUGGAGUGUUGCAGGGGAUUCGCCCAGGGAAGUGUUACGUUGAUAUGUCCACUGUGGAUGCAGAGACAGUCACAGAGUUGGCCCAGGUGAUAGUGUCCCGGGGCGGUCGCUUUUUGGAAGCCCCAGUCUCCGGAAAUCAGCAGUUAUCUAAUGAUGGGAUGCUCGUGAUCCUGGCAGCUGGUGACAGGGGUUUAUAUGAGGAUUGCAGCAGCUGUUUCCAGGCAAUGGGGAAGACCUCUUUUUUCCUAGGUGAAGUAGGCAAUGCUGCCAAGAUGAUGCUGAUUGUGAACAUGGUCCAAGGCAGCUUCAUGGCAACGAUAGCAGAAGGACUCACUUUGGCUCAAGUGACUGGCCAGUCCCAACAGACCCUUCUGGAUAUCCUCAAUCAGGGACAACUUGCCAGCAUCUUCCUGGACCAGAAGUGCCAAAAUAUCUUGCAAGGAAACUUUAAACCUGAUUUCUACCUAAAAUACAUACAGAAGGAUCUUAGAUUAGCUAUUGCACUGGGCGAUUCUGUCAACCACCCAACUCCCAUGGCAGCUGCUGCCAACGAGGUCUAUAAACGAGCAAAAGCAUUGGACCAAUCAGACAACGACAUGUCUGCAGUGUACAGGGCCUACAUCCACUAGGCUGCACCAUUCUUACUGUUAAUACUAUGAUUAUUGGUUAAUAUUAUUAUGAUACUGGGUUUUAACUCUGGACCAGUCCAUCUCUGUCUCUCCAUUUCCUUUUAUACACAGACUUUUGAGAUCUGCCAUGAAGGCAGCUGCUGCAGUGAGCCUUCCCCUGGUGGCAGAAGGGGGGGAGGAGGGGGCUCGGUUUGUUGCAGUCUAAUUAGAAGAAUUCAUGCCAUGCACUGACAGUCAUGGAACAGAACAGUGGCGGCUUAUUCAGAAGCUCUGAGGCAACUCUGCCAGAAAUCUGCUGCUUGGCUGCUUUUAUUUUCCUCUUUGUAUGCUUGUCCAAUAUGCUGUUUCUAAUGAUCCCCUUUCUCCUUUGCUGUGAAAUAAUAUAUGUGUUGGACUCUUUUUAUCAAGGGGACAGGUAACAUAAAUGCCAUCUACCUGUCACUGAAGUCCUUGGUCCCAAGUAAGGUGAGGAGCAUUCCUGUUAACCAGCCACUGUUAGAGAACAAAGCACCUCCCAUGGAGGAGAAUGGCAGUUCCAGAAGGUGAUGGGGUUGCAUGCAAGACUGUCUUGAUUCUGUUUCUUUUUGAACUUCCACUUCCCCAGCACCUUGAUGGAGGAAUUCCUCAUACUGUUAAGAAGAACAGAUUUGCAUCCAUGUCUUCCCCUGUACAGACAACUGUAGCUUAGGGAACACAACAAACCUUACUGAAAAUGAGAAUGCCAGUGUAAUGAGCCUCCUAAAAGGCUAAUCACAGCUGCCCAUCCCAUAGACAACAUUGGAGAUCAACACAUUUGCAUAGCCUAAAACCUGGGCCAGAGAUAUUUUACUUCGGGAAGAAACAAACCUUAGGGUUGCUCCUGGCCUUAGCUUAUGUUGCUUUACUUUUUGCUCUUUUUUUUUUUUUUAACCCUUGUACUCAGUAGUUGCAAAGGUGUCUGGGAUUGUAGCAGUGUCACAAGCAGAGUGAUGAGUUUGAAAGGAGAGAGAGGCAUGAUUGUAGAGGCAAGAAAUUGAGGAUCCUGAACUCCUUUGUGUGGUCAUUAUAUCUCUUAGCCUGUUUGCCCAUCUUUAAAGGUGGGUGAUGAUUACCUACCUCACAGGGAUGUUUUCUGUACUGAUUAGUGAUCUUUAUACAUGUCAGAUUUUCCAUACAUGUUUUUAGUGUUACUACUUUGGAUACAACACUAGCACAGCAUGAGACUUUUCCCUGUACCUGUGACUCUGCUUGUGGCCAGAUACCAGCUUCUAGAAAGACUAGUAAUUAAAAGGGGAGGUUAAGACCACUGCUGAGCUUUAGUCUAGAAACAUGGAACUUGAACUGCAGAUGCCAAGGCCAGAGAGCGGAGAUGCUGUCCGUGCUGAUAGCAGAGCAACCCAGAUUCCAAAGGAUGUCUGUCUCUAAAAACGCAUGGAGCGUGGUUUGUGUGUUGUUCUUUCCUUUAAGUUGUUCCCAGUAUUAGCCUUUUAGGACAGUUCUUGCAUUUUAGACUCAAGAGUUAGUUAAAUGUCAGUAAGCGACUUUAUUGGCCAAAAUCACUUCUCAGUGGCACAAUCUCCUCCCUUGGGUUGGGAUUCUGAAAGGAAAGAAAGCAAAUUCAAAUGAGACCAUGCUCCUUUAAAUCCAUGAGAGAUCUGCUCUUCCGACCAUCUUAUUUUUCUAGGAACUUAAUGGUUGUGGAGGGAGAUUUUCCUGUGGGUUAGGAUUUCUUGGCAAUCCUGCUUUGUGCAGCACGUGCAUAUGGUUCAGGGGCACCUUAUUAAGAAACAGAGCAAGUAUCAGAUACUCAUGAAUCAUGACACCUAAUGCUGUAAAUGUUACUUUGUUUGGGUAUUUCACCUCCUGCGAUCACUAUUAUUUGUGGGCUAAUAUUGUGUUACGCAUUAUGUCCUGUGGUGAACAUCUCCUGUCAAUAGAUCUAUUAGACAUCACGUUGCCUUUUUGUCAGUGUAACUGUCAUCCUGCAUGUAGAUACUCAUAUUAAAGGCACAUACAACUACCCAGGGUAACCAGCCAUUAGCCUGCUCUUGACACGCUCGCGCUUCCCCAUCCCUAAGAAUUCAGCUAUUGGCAUCAGAAGUCCUUGGUGAAAUGUGCCACAGUGAAGAAGUCACCUGAAUUGCAUAUUGAGGUCAUCUGGGGCAAAUUGUGGUUUUCGGGGCAGGAGAUAAGGUUUUAUAGUGCAAGAAAUCUUUUGGGAACAAGGGAGAGUUACUCUCUCAGGUCCAGCUGAAAGUGGAACUGCUGAGCCAGUGCAACAGCGUCCCUGACCUGUCCCCAUCGAGGUCUCUUGGGCCAGGGUGAAGGUGAAUGAGUCUGAGCAAAGAAAAUGGUGGAUCUCCCUUUUUUACUUAGUGGUGCCUCUGGAUAGAGUGAGAAAACAAAGGACCUCUCAAGUGCUCUGAAGUCUAUUUCAUAGUGAAUUCCAGUGUUUGUGAGUGGGAGAACCACUCCCUGUAGGUAACUCACUGUUGCAGGUUUUGUUUCCCAGAAAUAUGUCAUUCUCACAAUUGAGAUUAUUUAUGUGGGAGUUGCAAGUGAAGACCAUUUAAACACUGUAAUUUAUCCUAGGAAAGUCUAACUGCAUCUUUCUGGUGAGGUAGGUGGAUGUAGGGUGGCUGGAGGGCAUGGGGUUGCACAGCCAGCUGUACUAUCACACAUGUGCCAGGGAGGAGCAGGAGAUUGAGAGCUCUGACAUAGAUGUGAAGUGAGGAGCAGGGAUGGAAAUGGCAAAAACUGGACUGUUUCAGAUGCUACUGGAGAUUGACAGGUCAGUCCCACUCGGAUUCUUGUAUUUAUGUCUGUAGCCUCUGAACGUGGAUCUUCAUCUGUUCCUAGGCCUGAGAUUUGGGGGAGGGAAGUAGGAGGGAACUGUGGAUUGAGAGAUACUCUAAUAAAACUGGCUAGUCAAUAUUGUCUUAAUAUUGUUGACAAUUCGGUAAAGUUCCUUUUUAUGAGGAUUUCUGUUUUAGCAAUUUGCUUUUUUUUUGACUCCCGCCUUUUUAAAGAGAAAAUGUGAUACUUGUGAGAAGCUUGUAAGAAAAACAGUUUCUUUUUUCCUCAAUGAUAGAUCUUAUAGUUAAUUAAGGUUGUGAAUUUUUUUUGCCUUGUUUUUAAUUAACGUUUGUCAUUCAGAAUAGGAUGUGUGAAAAUGUUUAAAUGGCAAAACAAAAAGAUUUUUUUGUGCAAUUAACAAAGCUACUGGCAAAAAGAAUAAAACCUUUCUUGGUAACAA